AUGGAUACAGAAAUGACAUUUUUCUGUGCAGAUGACACCUUUUUGUUUCUUUUGAACUUUUCUGUCCUUCCUUUUGUACUGUUACCACAGGACGCCAUCUCCACCCUGAACACGUUGCAGGUCUAUGCUGCCACCCUGAAGGAGCUACAGAGCAAACGUCACCUGCAGCUAAAGACCAUGAGAGGCUUCCUGGAACGAGCGGGCCUCACGGUGGAUGAACUUGACCGUCUCAAUAUCAUUCAUGUGACCGGAACAAAGGGCAAGGGCUCGACGUGUGCAUUCACUGAGCAGAUUUUAAGAAAUUACGGCUUCCGCACAGGAUUUUUCAGCUCUCCACAUCUGGUCCAAGUCACAGAGAGGAUUCGGAUCAACGGGCAGCCAAUCGGAAAAGAGCUCUUCACCAAAUACUUCUGGCAGAUAUAUAGACGGCUCGAUGAAACGAAGGACGCUCACGGAGGGACGAUGCCGACAUAUUUUGGUAUCCUUACCAUCUUGGCCUUCCAUAUCUUCCUUCAGGAGAAGGUGGAUUUAGCUGUGGUUGAAGUUGGUAUCGGCGGAGCGUACGACAACACCAACAUAAUACGGAGGCCGUGGGUGUGUGGCAUCUCCUUCCUGGACAUAGACCACACUGAUAUUCUGGGAGACACCAUCAAACAGAUCGCCUGGCACAAAGCGGGCAUCUUCAAGCCUGGAGUCCCCGCCUUCACCAUCAGACAGCCAGAGGGCGCCAUGCGUGUGCUCGAGGAGCGGGCCAAAGAGAUCGGAUGUCCACUGUGGGUGUGUCCACAGCUGGAGGACUACCAGGCGGAAUGUGGACCUUUGCACCUGGGCCUUGCAGGGCAGCACCAGCGCUCCAACGCCUCCCUCGCCCUCCAGCUGAGUCACACCUGGCUUCAGAUGAGGGGUCUACCAGAUAAUAGGUUCCCCUGCAGCACUGUUAACAAUGGCGGGAUGCUUCAGGCGACUGGGUUCAUUCCCAGCCCCGUGAUGGUGAAAGGGUUGGCAGAUACCGAGUGGCCCGGCAGGAGCCAGACCCUAAAACAUGGAGCGGUCACCUACUUCCUGGAUGGAGCUCACACCCUACACAGCAUCCAGGCCUGUUCUGAAUGGUUUAGAGAGACUGCAGCUCAGCACGAGAGGAACGCCAGUGGCCCUGUGGCCAGAGUUUUACUGUUCAACGUUACAGGAGAGAGAGACGCAGCUGCUUUCCUUAAACUCCUGGUGCCGUGCCACUUUGACUUUGCUGUGUUCUGCCCAUGCAUCACCGAAGUCGGCACCUCCAGUAAUGCAGAUUAUAAGAAGUUUGACAUGUCUGUGGAGGAAAUGCUGACUCGCUGCUGGGACAAUGAGAGGAUCUGGCGCCUCCAUAACCACCUGGAUGACAAUGGAGAUAAUCCAUUGCUGAUUGAGGACAGGCUUCCUAGUUUACCUGAGCACAGAGGCGACACCUUGGUGUUCCCGUGCAUCUUCAGCGCCCUCCAGUGGAUCACACAAGGCAGGGAAACAGUGCUGGCCGAUCAGGCCAAGAUGACGCUGCCGGUUAAACCGAGCUUCACGGCCAAAGCUGCUCCUCUCCGCGAAGCUAGUGAGAUCCACGUCCUCAUCACUGGAAGCCUUUACCUGGUGGGAGGAGCUCUCAAACACCUGGCCACAGCUUCCUCCAAGUGA